AUGGAUUUUCCCAAAGUCUUCACUUUAUUAUCUUUCUUCUUCACUGCUGUCGUGGCAUUCCCCCAGCAGACUGCCGCAGGUACAACGACCGCGACGCCAGCGAUGAUCACCAAGGCUGCAUCGCUCAGCUGCUCGGACGGCCAAACUGCGGUCUACACUACAGAUUGUACGAUGGGAACUCCCACGUCAUACUGCGCUAGACCAGAGCCCCCAAUCCAGUGCUCGGAAGGGUAUUUUCCCUCGGUUUGGCACCCUGGUCAUUGCAUGGAGAUGUCGACCUGUUUCCCGCUUGAUGCGUCUUGGAUCACGACUGAGUGCUCACAUGGAGCGAUCCCUUGGACCACAAAGACCUUGUAUGAGGGUACUUUGGCAGGAGGAGAGUCAACUAUCAUCAGUGCUGUUUCCUGCUCGUGUGCCAGAGAUCAAUGGUAUAGCAUGACGAUGCUCCCAGGUGCAUCAACCGUGGACACCUUCUGCAUGCCCUCGAGCUCUUGUCCAGCGGGCAUGACAACCUCUGUUUCAACCAAUACGUACUGCGCAACAGCGCCGGCAAGCGCGUGCUCGGAUGUUCCCCUGGAGACCAACUACUGCAAGUGCGAAGAUGCAGGGCAGACACCUGUGUAUCCUGACUCCGUUGGGGCAGCUCCAACUGGAUGUAAAUUGUAA